AUGAGUUACUCCAGCGACAUCUACAGCAGCAGCUCCUAUCGGAAGAUCUUUGGAGAUGCCCCUCGGUCCGGUCGCAUGGGUCUCGGCAGCAGCCCGUCCCGCCUGCACUCCACCGGAUACCGCAGCAGCCACCGCACCUAUGGUUCCCCCUCCAUGGUCUCCUCCACCACCUUCCGCAGGACAGCGGCGCCCGGCCGCGUCUUCUCCUCCAUUUCCGACUCCUCCAUGGACUUGACCCAAUCCACCGCCGUCACCAAUGAGCUAAAAAUCAUCCGCACCAACGAGAAGGAGCAACUUCAGGGGCUCAACGACCGCUUUGUGUCCUUUAUCGAGAAGGUCCACAACCUAGAGCAGCAAAACAAAGUCCUAGAGGCCGAAGUCACGCUGCUGCGGCAGCGCAACAACGAGCCCUCGCGCCUGCACGAGCUGUAUGAGCAGGAGAUCCGCGAGCUGCGGUCACGCGUUGAAGAGCUGACGCACGAGAAGAGCCAGAUGCACCUGGACUGCGUGCAGAUGAACGAGACACUGGAGCGCGUGAGGGAAAAGCUGGAGGAAGAGACCAGGCUGCGAGAGGAGGCGGAGUGCGCCCUGAAGGGCUACCGGAAAGACGUGGACGACGCCACCCUGGUGCGACUUGAGCUGGAGAAAAAAGUGGAGUCUCUGCUGGAUGAGAUUGCCUUCCUCAGGAAAGUUCAUGAGGAGGAGCUGCAGGAGCUGCAGGCGUCACUGCAAGCCACACAGGUUUCGGUGGAGAUGGACAUGAGCAAACCGGACCUGGCUGCGGCCCUGAAGGACAUUCGAUCCCAAUAUGAGAACCUGUCAGCCAGGAACCAGGCCCAGGCAGAAGACUGGUACCGCUCCAAGUUCGCCUCCGUCACCGAGGCUACCGCUCGCAACCAGGACGCCAUCAAGCACUCCAAGGAGGAGCUGAGCGAGUACCGCAGGCAGGUACAAGCUCGCACCCUAGAGAUCGAGGCCCUCAGGGGCCACAAUGAAGCCAUGGAGAGACAGAUUGCUGAGAUGGAGGAUCGCCACAACAAUGAGAUCAGAGAGAUGCAAGACACCAUCCAGCAGCUGGAGGCUGCCCUGCGUAGCACCAAAGGAGAGAUGUCCCGCCACCUGCGUGAAUACCAAGACCUGCUGAAUGUAAAGAUGGCGCUGGACAUUGAGAUUGCUGCAUACAGGAAGCUGCUGGAAGGUGAGGAGUGUCGCCUCAGCUCUGUUGGUGGUGCCUUGGUCCAGUCCGGUUACCCCGGUCUCUCCUAUAUGUCAGCCCGCACCUACACCCUUGGAGCUUACAGGAAGUCCAAGCCUGAAGAGGAAGAGGAGGAAGAAGAGAAGGCUGAUGAGGAGGAAGAGGAGGGAGAGGAGGGAGAUGAAGGAGAUGAGGGAGAUGAGGGAGAUGAGGGAGACGAAGGAGAUGAGGGAGAUGAUCAGGAGGAAGGUGAGGGUGAGGGUGAGGGUGAGGGUGAGGAUGAGGGAGAAGAGGAAGAGGAGAAGCCAAAGGAUAAGGGGAAUAAGGGAAAGGAAAAGGAGAAGGAGAAGGAGAGCUCCACCGGGAAGAACAGCAAGAGCUAAACUGCUUGUGUCAUCAUCACCAUCAUCACCAUCACCAUCAAUAACUCAUUCCACAUCCCACCAAUCAAUUAUGGAUCUGGUUCCUGUUCACAUCAUCUCUGUGUCUCACACAUACACAAAGAAACAUCUGUACACUCCAGAUGCCUCACACCCUCGUGUUUUUCUGUCUCUGUUUGCUCUGUGGAUCACAUGUGAUUAGUUCAAACAUUAGACAAGCAGGAGCUUUACACACAGUAAAGAGUAACUUCUGAGGCAGUAGAGUUUGAAUCUUUUCCACACUCUGCUGAUAUCAUCAUGAUUUUACAUCUCAGAGAAGUGCAGAGAGCUAGCAUGUUGCCACAAAGUGUCAUGAGUGUGACAACAGAAUGUUUCUUCCUCAUCUGAGCAACAAGAAAUGUGCCAUUAAUGAUCGCACUCCCAGUAAGAGCAAUCAAAACCUUGAAAGUAAUUAUUUUGUCAGCACACAGACUUUUGAGAUAAAUGCACAGGUCCUGGAGCAUGAGAAACAGCCAGUCCAACUUUAACGGUGCUAUUUGAUUUUACAUAUAAAAGUUGGGUAGUCCUGUAAGGAAAGGAUUUUAUCAUCCAUCAUUUCUGAUUGCUGGCUUUCAUAGAAGGUAUGAUUUGAGGAAAAAAAACUGCUUCUUUGUGAACUGGAAGUUCAACCCCACAUGUUUUGCACAGCAGGUGAAUCCUAGUACUUUCUCCCAUUACCUUCACUUUGUUUGUCAUUUCAUCCCAGUUUUGUUUACCACAGUGUUACAGCACGGCAAUAAUGGUGACUCUGAGCUGAGAGGAAACUGCACAUGCAAAUGUGACUGGGAGCUGGGUGGUAUGCACUGUUAGAAGGGACAGUUCUGCAGCUUCUUGAUGAGGAAUUGUAUCUUUGUGAAUGAAAAAAGUAGAGUUUAAAUUGCUGCUAUAUAUAUUUUGGGAAUAUAAACAAUCCCUCCCAUUGACUGAUUCAUUUGUCAAGCUAUUUCUCUCAUGUGUCAGAGUUUACGCUACAUUUUCUUUUUAAAAAAAAGUCUUUUUUCCCUCUUUUCUCCACAUAAAAACAUGGUGGUGCUUUUGUUUAAUUUAUUGUAGUUGACAAAAGGAAAUGGGAUGAGAGUGAAUGAAGCUGUGAGUGUCAGACACUGAUAUCUUUCAGCUGAGGGUGUACGUUGCAGAUUUGUUGUGGUUAUAAGGUAAAGAAUUACAUAUAAGGGCUAUUUUCACCAUAACUUUCUAAACAAUUGCCCUGAGAUGUUCUUUUUUUAGAUUAUUUUACUAUUGUUCUUCAUUUUAAUCCUUUGGUCUUGUGUUAUUUUGACAAAUGAAUCAAGCAAUGGCCGUGAAUGCAUGGCCUGAUACUUGGAGCUUGAAUAUUUGCUGGAUGGGAUAGAUUUCUGCUUGUUGUGUGUUCAAUUAAAAAGAAAAUCAAAGAAAAAAAAAACUUGCCUUAACCAUGAAUGAAAGUUAAAAUAAAACAUGUUUCCACCUCUUCCGCAUCUCACUUGUUCCUGGGGAGACAGAGGAGUGCCCACACUUCUGCUAUACUACUGUGACUGUAUAUGCUGCUGUCUCAUGCAGUGAUUUUCUCUUUAAGCCAAAUAAAGACAUUUAUUAACCAAA